GCACCGCCAUACAUUUUGCUCAAUACUCACGACUUCGAUCGUCAUCGAGACCAUUCAGAACAUCAUCGCUCGCAAGCCGAAUCCAAAGAGAUCUCUCCCCCACGCCACAAAAGCUGAAACAUUGAGAUGCCGAGCACAGCUCACUCUUCGCGCAACAAGGAGAACGUGCGGGGCGGCACAUUUUCGCUUCAACGCGUCGACUCGGGUUCGGAAGCGUCCGACGCAGAGCAACAGGUCACCAAGGGACGCCGAAAUGCUGCCUUGAACAAGAGAAAGGGCCAGGAUGAGGAUGAGCAGCAGCAGCAGCAGCAUGCGGAGAAGGGCAGGAUUGCAAGCAAAGCGGCGGGUAGAGGAAGGGCGGCGGGGGCGGAUGCUGAGUUGAGGCCGGAGGAUAGAAUCGCUGAGCUGGAGGAGCGGCUGGAACAGAUGACGGCGGAGAGGGAUGCUGUGCAGUCAGAAUUUGACUCGUUGAGAGAGCUGCGCAAGUCCGAACCUGAAAGGGCAUUGAGCGAGUUGAAGAGGGUAGCAGAGAGCCGUGCAAAGCACCAGAAAGAGAUGAUCAACACCCUCAAGAUCAGGUUGGACACUGCGGAGAGGAGAGUCAAGGCGCUGGAAGCUGAUGGUCGCUCUGCUGGCAGCGCGCACUUGAGCAGCACAGCGGUAGACGAUGCCACUCUGGCCACGGUCUUGAACGAGCGGGAUGAUGCGAGAGCGGAAGUGGAGCGACUCCAAAGGGAGCUCAGAGAAGAGGUGGCUUCGUCUCAGGCACUCAUGAAGCAGCGUCUACCCUCCAGCAGCGCAACAGCUCAAGCACCCGUCAGGCCCACUUCGGAGAGCGCAGCACACGACAGGGCCAUUCGCACACUUUACGAGGACUUGACUGGCUUGGUCAUCAACAAUGUCGAGACGUUUGACAAGGAAAAGGACUUUAGACGCUUCAAGACAGUCUUUGCCUGCCCUGGCUACCACGAUCUGCAAUUGACGCUGGAGGAAGGAGCGUCGAAGCUGCCUAGCUCUGUGAACAGCACUUCCCCAGCAUCGAGCAAGGAACGCAAAGACUUGAUCUACAUCCCUCACAUCGACGAUGAUAGAGACUCGGCGCUAUUGAAGAGCGGCAUGCCUUCGUACUUGCUGGAGAGCAUCAAGUUUGAUAGGAACCUUGGAGUCAAAUUCAUGGUCAAACUCUACAAGGGUCUCAGCUCCAAGUAGCUUUAGCUUGCGCUCGCGCUCGCGCUCGCCUUGCUGGCGAGCAUCCCUCCAUUGCACGCCCUUCGCUUCCUCACACUCUUCCCACACUUUUGCAAUGAGCUCACUAGCCUCGACGUUGUUUCCAACUGCCUCUCACUGUAAAGAUGCAUUCUUCUGCGGAUACCAUACCUAUUUCGAAUUGCGACGUACAUGA